UGAAACCGAUAUUGAUAUUAUAGAGUGUGGAGUAAGAAUCAUGAGAAAUAUAGAUGAUAAAUUACGGAAUCCAUUUUUCAUUAGAGUUCUUGAUUAUAAAGAUACACAAUUACAAAGGGCGAUACGUAUUCAUGUAAAUUUUUGCUUUGCUACAGCAUCUAUGCAUUCGGGCGAAAUUUAUGAAGCUAGGAUGUCAUUUCGAGAGGUGGAAGCAAUAGGGGAAUGUGGACAUGAAAAUGCCGAUUUAUUAGUUAUGAAAUCUCGAGAUAAUAUCCAGUUAUUAGAUUCCAAAUUACCAAUCUUUACCGAUUGUGCACUAUGUAAAUAUGCACCAACAAAUUUAAGGGAUAUUGAGGCAUUAAAAGAAUGUCCAAAAUGUCAAGCGGUUGCUUUGUGCGAGAAGGAUUGCUUAUCGAUACACAUGUCUUCUUGUUCGGGAACAUUAGAAACAUCAGAAACAUUGGAUACAAAUUGA